GUUGGGCUGAGGCGGGAGGUGAGUCAGAGUCAGAACACCCCAUCCUUGGAGGCGGACCGCAGCUUUGAGUAAAUAAGAGGCUAAGAGUUUCUGACAGGACUUAUAACCCCAGAAAAUAACACCGACACGGACCUGCACACACAUCUGGACUUUACCAAGCCAACUUUUUUAUACACUGACAUUUUAUAACGUUUUUUUCUGACAUUUAUUUUAUUGUAAUAGUUAAUGUUUAUGGUGUGAUGGCUACUGUAUCAUCGGCUGAUAUUGGAGUCCUGUUUCUUGUGGUGGUCGCAGCAUCUUUGGCAAACGGUGAGUAGCCAGCUGUCAGACAUCCUGGUGGUCCUCUAGCUGGAAGCAGGCUGUAAUAAUGACACAUGUGCAUAUUCUAUUAUAUUUCAAUUUUAAUUAUUUUUAUUGAAAGGCACACGUGUCUUGAUUUCCACUGAUUGGUCAUAUGACAUACCUUGUCAAUAUAAUUUAAAGGCUUUUUGGUGGAACCAGGUGAGUGAUUGAGAACUUUAAAACUCAUCAGCUGUAAUCUCUAUGACUGGUGAUUCUCAUUUACAUUUGUCUGUGUAAAAAUAACACGAUGAUGCCUGACUAAUGCAAAUUUAUUCUAAAAGACUCACUUUUUUUUUUUUUUACCAGGCUUUUCACUAAUUCCCAUUUUAUAUUUCUAUUAUUGCAAAUGUUCAUUUUAAUCAAAGUUCUUAAUGUCUCUUUUAUGUCAUUUUAUUAAUUAUCUCUGUUCUUAGUCUUUUUCUUAAUUCUCGUCUUAGAGGUUUUUACUUCUUUUACCCCUUUUACAUGGUAAAGAGCUCUUACUUAUCUGUUCAUUUAAUAUUUUUUUUGUUUUAGUCCAUUAGGUUUUAGUCUUUCUUUUAAUCUUUAUCUCCAGUGUUUCCCAAAGGUAGCUCUUUCCUCACGUAAUGUUUUGGUGUCAGGCCAUGUCUCUUUAACAGUAUAUCUUAAAUUCUUACUCUGUGUGUGCUGGUGUGUGUGUGUGUGUGUGUGUGUGUGUGUGUGUGGGUGGGAGGUUCCGGUUUAAUUGUUGUUAAUUGUUGUUUUUAGCCUCUGUGAGGCACUUUGAACUGCAUUUUUUGUCUGAAAAUGCCAUAAAAAUAAAGUUGAAUUUGAAUUUAAUUAUUCUAAUUCAUAAUACUUUUCAUAAUAACAAAGAUGUGGCAUAAAUAAGGCAGUAUGGAUCUUGCAUGUCUCACAUCUAUAACUUGUAACAGCCUGACACAAACUAUAGUGAGACAAUAAAAUGUCUUUGGUUCUGUAGGUUCCUCGUCCAGUAAGGAUGUGAACCAGAGGAGAGAGGUGGCAGUAAUUAAACUGAGCGCUCUUCUGCCCGGUGACGUGGACGACCUCACCAGCAUGUCUGAAGUGGAGCCCUGCUCUUCCUGUGAACCGCAGAAAUCUAGGAGGCGUGCAAAGAGAUGCACAUGUUACAGUUAUAAAGACAAGGAAUGUGUGUAUUACUGCCACCUGGACAUCAUCUGGAUCAACACACCAGAGUAAGAGUCUUCCUCCAAACUUCCUCAUCUCUCCCCAGGUUCAAAGUCAGUCACUAGCUUCGAAAUCAUAGUAGUCGUAUUAUUGUGCGUUUGUCAUUCAGGGUUUUAAGGUGACAUCACAGUUUGUCAUAUACUCCUGUAUUACUCAUGCGUUUAUACCAGUAUCACUUCAGCUGAUACAGGCUCAUAACAUUAUGUCUCAGUUACAUGCCCUUUGAUGGGAAGAAAAUUGUAAGAGGCACACACACGUGAUUCAAAGGUCAGAUCAGAUCUUUACUUUUGUGUCAAAUAAAUGCUCAAGAUGCUGUCAGCCAGGAAGGGAUUUAAAGAGGAAACUGGCCAUCAAAACAAACCAGGCGCAUUUUUCCAGUAUACCCUAUGACCCUUUCACCUGUGAAGGUUUGAUGUGAUCUAAAGCAGGCCAGACCCUGAGCUCUAAGGCAUUUUAUAUCCUCUGAGGGUUUCUGUCUGUGGCUGACAGGCAGCGGAUAGAUACACCUCUCUGAUAUCUGAAAUAUUUGUAGUGUAAAAAUGAACACUUUGCAAAUGUUUAUAAUUCUCGUUCUCUGUUUCGAAGUGUGAAUGCAAAGAAUUAGUACAGACAGAAUUUCAUAUGACUUCACCAAAAGCAACACAUCUGACACCUUCUGCUGGGCUUCUCCAGCCCAGAUCUCUAUUUUCCUUCCUCUGCUUUUUACUUCUUUAGCAUUUUCAUUAAUGUUUCUGAUAUCAAUUCUACUUUUUUAAGUUAAAAUUCUUUAUGAUCUGUAGCAUCAAAAAAAUAAUGCUACAGAUAAAAAAAUGAAAAAUAAAUCAACACACAUGAAUAAUCCACAUGCACUGAAGGACACUGACUUAUGCCAGAGUGGCUCCUGUUUGACUGUUUAACAAAGUGUUAAUACAGAUUGCAGGCGGUGUUAGACAGAUCAAUGCUUGGUCCGAACCAUGAGUGAAAGUAAAAGUAUUUGGAGGCUGUAUAAGAUCAGCUACAUAACUGAAAACACAUCAGACUAAGGCGUAGCCACAGUUAGUAGAAUUGAAGUUUCCAGACUGCAGAGAGCAGUGCAGCAACUGUUGACUGUUCCCACACAUGUGGCUCAGUGUUAAAGCCAGUCCCUUCAUGAAGCCUUUCUUACUGUGCUCUCAUGAGUGUAGACCUAAGAAACAUCACAAACUUCACAGGUGAAUCUUCUCACGGUAUAUGAAUCUUACUGUUGGCAGGGUGCAUCCCUCUGAAAAUACCAGACUGUAAUAUCUUUAAGCUUCUUCAGGUGAUGUACGCUGAGGAGAUACAGCCUUUCACUUCAGCUUUGCACACCACAGAGCAGUGUUACAAAGGUUUACAGUCAGUCAUAUCACCUUGACUGGCCCACUGCUUAUCAGUGUUAUCUCUGCUAUCUAAUUGUCAGAUUUACAAAAUAUGUUUUUCCUAUCAGGGUCAAGAGUGAAAAGAAAAACCCACAUGCAGAUUUUCAGAUAAAUGCAUUAGACUGUAGAGAGCUAUGAGCACCUCUAUCCUCUGUAGCCACUAAACUCAAACACAAUGAUGAGCCUGGGUGGUUACAUCUUCUUAAAUGGUUAUUUUGCAGCCCAGAGUGGCAUGGUACUGGCUGCUUCUGUUCUCAUUGCUUUUUGCUGCAGCUUUAAAUUCAUGUUGUUCAAAUUUCGGGACUACCUAAUCUCUAAAGUCAUUCAAAUUUUAUUUUAUAUAACAUCAGCUGCACGGAUAUUAAGGAAAAAAUACAUGAAUCGAAUGCAGCGAUUGCAGAAAGUGAUUUUAACUUCACUCAGGAGUAUGGAUGUACAAAUAUGACCUUAGCUGUAAUGAUUGCUUCUGGAAGCAGAAGCAAUUUAGUACCUGCAGCUUUUAAUUAAAGUUGACCUUCUGACUUGUACUGCACUUUAUUUUCACUGCAUUUUAGUAUAUUUAUUGAAAAAACAUAGACAUUGUAUUGACAGCCGUCCUCUCUCAGCACGCAUAGGCAAUCGUGGCAAUCAAUUAUCCAACUUGUAGCUGAAGAUAAACUUUAGGAAGCUCUUGGAAUCUGACUUUGAUGUCCACGUGUAUAAACCAGCUAUCCCCUACCUGUUUUCUCCAGUGUGGGACCAGGUGAUUGAUGUUGAUGGUAAUAAAACUGCAUCACAAGAGCUUCAUGUCCUCAGAGGCCACCCCCUGUCACCAACAGGAGGGGUGAGCAGGGGAGCAUCUCAGAAUGAAGCGCUGUACCCUUAAAUAAUAAGCUCUGCCAACAAUGUUAAAGAGAGGAGUGGGACUGAACCACACAGCUAAGUUCUCAGACAGAAAGCAAAACAUUCAUAUUCCUCUAUGGGGUUGUCACUUUUACAAAAGUUGAUACGGCAAACCAUCCUCCCAAUGUAAAUAUGUUCUGGAUAUAUAUAUAUAAAUAUGUUUCUGUUCUUCAAAAAGGCCCACUUAGGGUAUCCAAGCGCAUGGUUCAACACAGGAGAGCCACUUCCUCAGGUCAGGACUCAGCUGUCCACCUUCACUUAAAGGACAGGGGUCACUCUUUCGAGGACAGCAAUGUACAGGUGUUGGCUAGAGAAGACAGAUGGUUUGAGAGAGGAGUUAAAGAAGCCAUCUUUACCAGACUGGAGAAACCUUCUCUGAACAGAGGGGGUGGACUCAGACGCAACCCCUCCGGCACUUACAAUGCAGUUCUCAGCUCUCUCCCCAGGAAGCUCCACAAACAUUCACACCUGGGACCACAUGACCCAGGUGGCAUGAGUCAUUGUCGUUGUCAGAGUCGUUGUCUGUCCCCUUCUCCAGUAAGAUAAAUAUCUGCUCCUCACACUAGCAAUAUUUAGAACUGAAGAAGCUUCUUGGAUAAGAGGCGAAACGUCUUCUCAACUCUACAGAGUCCAGUUGCCUGUUUUUAAGUCUUCAAGAAAACCAUGACCCGGAUGAAUGAGAAUCUACAUGGGCUAUCAAGUUUGUAUGUGUUUUUGCACACGCAAACCUUUAGUAGAUCAGGCCCAUGGUGUUUUAUUUUGAGAUGCCAGGUGACAUGCACUGUUUUUGUGCUUGACAUCCUGUCUAGAAUGCCCUUCUCUGCUUAGAUUGACGUGUCGGACGUGUAGAGCAGCAAAAAUAGACUUAUUGCAUAUCUUUAGCAGUGCUGCGCUCGAUAGGCUUCGACUGAGCUGAUACGCGUCCUGUAUGCGAUGCUGCAUUGAUUUGAAUGACAAUCUACUUGCUGUGUGAUACGCGACGCUGCUGCCAUGCUCCAAAUAUGCAUCCUGUAUGUUUUAGCCUUAAGUUCACUCUUGAAGGAAAUCCCUCAUGUGGAGCUUCGUUCAGUAACGAGCUGCUCAGAAACGUCUUCUUUAUCACCUUCGGCCAUGUUUGUUUGUCAUUCUGCUCUGUGUGGGCUACGGCUGCGAGUCCGUUGCUUGCCCUUACAUCGUUAACUUGCAUUUAUCAUAUUUAUCAUGAGAUGGCAAAUAUUUAUCAUGGAGGAUUUUUUCUGAGGAUAAAUCGUGAACCAUGUGUGCCAUGACAAACAUAACACUGGCAUGAAUGAGGAGAAAACUGUGUUUUAAAAUUCUGCUGUAGUUUUACGGGCUCGCAACAAGGUUGAAGGAGAAACAGUGUGUGGAGGAGUUAUUGCAAGAUAAGGUUAAAAGACAAACUUAAUACUUGAGCUGGUUAAAUGUAGCAAGCGGCACUUUGAACAUAAGGGAUAUUGGAUACGCAGGCCAUCACACUAAUGCUUUUCAUGUAUGUGUGAUGUAUAGGGGCAGAUCUCAGCAGGGCAUCCGGGGCAAAAAUCCCCUUUGGCAUAAAUGUACAGCUCAAAUCCCAAGUUACAGCCCAUAACAGGGGAGUUCUCUUUUGAUCAUGUCUGAAAAUCCUGCUCAAGAGAGAACUAGUGGUUUCUAUUGUGCCCAAAAGAUGAAAUUACACCAAGAGAAGAACAUACAUGCAUGAUUCUUCAUGUGAAUUAGGCUUUGUCUAUAAUCCACCAUUAUACUCUUUGUAAUAUGAAGAAAACGACCUUAAAGUAUCAAAGUUGAUUUUACAGAUCAAUAAACUGAAACAGGUUUAUUCUUCCUUGGGCUGUUUUUAUCUCUGCUCUUGUUGUUAUUAGUGAAUUGUGUAAGACAAAUAAGAAAUGUCUUCUCAUAUCAUAUCUUAUCUUAUUUUUGUAGUAGGCUUUAGAGGUUGACUGAACCUGAGUUGCAUUUUGUCACACUGCCAUCUUGCCUGGUUGUCGUCUUAUUGAACGGUCUAACUACCGUCUUUACUGAAACCAUGUUUAAGUUGUAGAGAAUACACAGUAGUUGCAUUUGAGAUGAGACUGUAGCGCACUGAAAUUAGUAAUGGAUUUAGACCUUAGUCCUCUGGGGCAGACUGUCUCCCCAACAGGAAGGCAGGGAUCAGAGGAUCAAAGGUAUGAAAAGAGAGUCUGGUUCUCAUAAAGGGAGGUUAGUGAGGUUUUGUACUCCUGUAUCAAGGCUUUUAGGUCUACACUGUUGAAGAGGGCCGAUGUUGUAGCCCAGAAGCAACAGGAGGUACUACAUUUUUAAGUCUGCUUUGAAGUGCUGUGUUUUGUUUUGUUUGACCUUUGACUUUCUGACCUCCGUUUGGUUCUUCAUUUACAUCAAGCACACCACCGGGGUUACAGAUUUGAAAUAUGCUUCAGUGGACUUCCCAGACUUCUGAUUUAAACUUAAUUUUUGCCUCAUGAAAUUUUUACACUCGCAGAAAUAUUUAGGCCUUAUUGCGCACAAAAUCCAUCCAUUUGAAUCAGUUAGAUUCAACAUACACAGGCCAAUAAACUUUAUGUGCUGCUCAUUUGUCAGUCAAAUGUAAAGAAACUAUUGAUAAUUAGAUUUGUGCAAUAAUACCAGUAAACCCAAUCUGUUUAUAAUAAAUAAUGGCAGAUUUAUGUAUUCAUCAUUGAUAACUCCAGUUUGUUUCUGUCUCAUAAACUGUAACUAAAUGAAUCUUGGUUGAUUCACAGCUCAUCAUAUUUAAAUUUUAUUCAUAUGCUUCAACUAAUUAAAUGGAGUUGUUCUCACAAUUAAAAGAUUUAUGCUGAUUUUAAGAAAUUUGAAUAAAUAAAUUCUAAAAAAUGUAAUGAUUUAAAUAAAAUCAAAUAAAUGUAAAUACUUAAAAAUAAACUACGCCAUGAUUUUUUUUUCUAAGUAUAGUGUAACUUCAACAGAAAUAGCUGACGAUGUCAUACUACCAUGCUGACGCCUGUCUGUAAUUUAACAUUUAUAACACCAUGAUGUCUUAUCAAGUGGCACACAUGAGUAGUGUUCGAAUAUUGCAAUAUUAAUGCUGUCUUCUCUUUAUGUUUUCUUGGCCAUGUUAGUCCUUUUCCAAAAUGAUUCCAGUAAGGAUUGACUUUACGUCAUAACCAAAGCAGUUUACCAGUUUGUAUCAACACAGACACUAAUUAAGAGACAUCACAUGGACACAGUCAGGGACAUUUCGGCUCCACCUCUUGCUAUCUCUACAAUGCUGAUGUCCAAAGUUUGUCAUAAAUAUUGUCAUGUCAAAAGUAUUUCAUGCAGACUCAUGACCAAAGUAGAGUUUUCACCAAUUAACUGACCAGUCGACCUGUCAAGACCAUGUUUUUGUUUAGAAGAAAAAGAGUAUACAUCUCAACACAUUAAUGCAACUAAAAUUGCACUUCUUAUAGUUGGACCUAGAUGAAGCAGCUGGGGAUCCAUUUUCUCUCAUAUGUAAAUGGCUCAAUUGGACUGAAACUGGACCCAGGGUUUUGUUCAUGCUCCAGAAUUCAGAUGCCAGGCUCAGGUCUGGAAGUACAGAAUAUAUGCUUCGCUAGGAAGCCGAGCAGUAAACGAAACCUUGAUAGACGUAGAAAGUACUUUGCAAAACAUACCACCUUCUGUAGCAGAAGCAGACGUUUCAGUAAUCUAAGUCUUAUCAGAUGCCCGUACUCUUGGACAAAGACAGUAGCCCAGUUAAACCACCUAACCGAGCUAUAACUGUAGCUCAGCUUUGCGCUGUGUGUAAACUAGUGACUGUCAUAUUUUCUUUUUUCUUUCUGUAAAUAAAAUGGGAUUUUGAAUAGUGAGGAAUGUCACUGUGGCCCUUCUAAAAUGUUUAUGUCACAGAAUUUAAUUUUCCCUGUGCACCAGUACCAUUCUCUCUGGGUCUGUCUGACAUAACAACAAGUCAGCUGGUUGACUUUUCAACCAACUUGUAAAAAUAAGUAGCCACGAAACCCCCAAAAUUAAAGUAAUCUUGUUCACAAAGAAAUAAGGAAUUAAAUCUCUCUGAUUCUAUUCAUAAGAGUAACACAUCUAGAGGACUAUUAUAAUCCAUUCUGUGUAACAACUUUUCCAAACAAAGCUUGGUGAAACUGCUUGAACUUGGUAAAGAUGUUUUUCCUUUUAUUACAAAGGUUUUCACAGAACUGAUGAGUUGGACUUAUGCACCGUGACUUGGAUGAUGGAGAGUUUUUACAGACAUGUGUAAAGCUUAUGCCAAAUUGACUGUUUCAAAGUGACGACAAAAAGGGUUUUUGAUGUUCUGGCCCAAAGGAUGUAACCCAUUGUUGGAGAACAAAAAAUUAAAAACACCUCUGAAUAAAAUGAAUCCCAGUACGAUCAUGCCGCUGAUGACAGCCUCUUAAAUCACUGUUGAGUCAAAUCAUUUAAUCUCUGAAACAGCCUCAGUAAACUAUAAUGCUUGUGGCCUUCUGCUGUGAAAUGUAAGAUACAAAUGGUGCUGAUAGGCAAACAUACAGGACAUCCUCUGUCAGGUCACUUAUGUGCUCUAUAUUGUUGUUGUUUUCAGACACACUGUACCAUAUGGUAUGUCCAGUUACCAGGGCUCCCUGCGUAUAAGGCGCUCUGCCAGUGUUUGGCAGGUGAGGAGGGGGUCCGUGGCCCAGCGUUGUGCAUGUAGGCUGCAGAGUGACUCAGACUGCAGCAACUUCUGCAAAAACAGGUAACUGCACUACUGGUAAGAACUGCUGUUAUACGUUGAAAGCCUGAUAGUAUGAUUUAUGAGAACAUUCACAUUAUAUCAAACUAAAAAAAACACUGAAAUCACACACAUCCUUAACUUGGCCGCUAAAAUCACAGCAGCCUUUUGCUUUUGAUUUAUAUCUGCAGAAUAAAGUGUUUAUUAAAAGGUAACCAUAGCAGUAGUGAUUUUUCUCAUUGUUCUUCAUCUUGAACCAAGGAUGGUUGCCAAGUUGCUUAGGUCUUUGUCAGGAAGAAUGUAUGGCCACUGUUUCUCCUGGCUGUUAAAUGUUUGCCAAAAUAUCCAUCUCUCACAAAUGAGGGUCCACCCUCAGACUGUAUAGCACAGUUAUGGGAGUAGCAUAAGGUUCACAUAGUGGGUCUGAACGGCAUGUUGCAGCUGCACUGUUACUGUGUUUCUGUGACAGCUCUGCCACUGUAGCUCAUAUUGUCACAGUAUCCUCACCUGCUGUGUGUUGUCUGUAAUACUGCUGUAAAGCGUCUCUUGCUGUCAGCUCAGACAGCCUCUUAAAUUUGGAUUUGACUGUAUGGCUUUAAAGAAUAAAAUCUGGGUAGUGUCCAGCUAAAGAAAAGAAAAAAAGACAGUUUUUAAUGCAGUAAUAUUUCCUUCUGAGUCCAACAAAACUGUGAUCUCUAUUUAUUGUUAUGUGAGGUGCAAUACUGCUGGCGUUAAGAACACUGUCCACCUAGAAGACUGAUAAAAAGGUAUUACUUUAUAAAAAAACUGAACUAAAAGACAUUCAAAAGAGGAAAAUGGUUCUAGGUCCCACACAAUUAAUAAUAAAUUUAUAGUUUUGCAUAUCACAGUUGCAUCCUAAUUGAGUUGUUUCAAAAACAUCACAAAUUCAGUCCCUGUAGCCUCUCUCUUUGUCCAUGCACUGAUCUAAACGGGUGGGGAUGUGCUUAUUAGAAAAACUGCCCACUGAGUGAGCUUGAUCUUGGAGUUCUGUGAGUUUAUUGUUAGAGGAAGCAGCAGGUUGGACAAUUUGCUGACUUGGAUUUUGCAAGUGAAAAAUUACUAAUGGAAGUUAAUAAUUGUGCUUCCCCCUCAUCAUAGUUCAACAGAGAGAAAAAAAUCAGUGUCAAGGGAUAAACAGAAGUUUAUGUAGACAGAUCCGACCUGCAAUAAGUGAUACCAGCAUCAGCUUUUUUCAUAGCUGCCAGUUCUUCUUUUAUUUUUAUGAGCAGCUGUAUUAAUUUUAGUCUGAAUAAUGUGUCUUUCAGACAAAGUAGCUUGCUGAGUUUCUAACAAACAAUGUUCAGUCAAUGACUGAUUUGUUCAUGUUUUGUUUCAAGUGUAUUUUUAUCCUGUCAGCCCUCACUGUUGAAGCAGUCCCAGGUAAACUGGCUAGCACAAACAGAUAAAUUAGCAGCAGCUACAGCCUGCUUGUGAAGAAUAAAGGCACCCUUUGUUGUUGUUUUUGUUUGUCUGGUUUCAGUUUUUUUGCAGCCAACAACAGAUCACUUGGCUUUUCUAGCCCUGACCUUUGGCAUCUUAUCUCUGCCACACCAGUAGAGUUAUGGGUUACUAAGUCAUUGUCAAUACUAAGUAUUUCUGCAUUCAAAUCGUUGUGAAUCACUGGCAAACAUAGCAGGUUCAGAUACAGAGAGAUUUCCUAUGUAGCAAAUCCAAGCUCCGCCCCCAGAGCCCUGCCAUGAAAGCCAGGCUCAGAGAAAUAGAGAGGAGGACAAUCGCGUUAGCAGAUUGCAAUGCUUGUAAGGAAGCUAAUUAUGAUAUUAGCUUUUAUUAUGUCCCCAAAGAUAUUAUUGUCCAAGAGCUGAUUAGCUCCGAUGUUGCCUGCUUCUGCUCCUACACCGGCCAUGUUAGGCUGCAAGCUAGCAUGAAGAGGAGUAUGCAGAGCAGCGCUGUCUCCGCCCACGUCUCAGAGGCGAAUUGCUAUUGAGCUACUGGAGCUCUGCUGAAGAAAAGCCCUUGAAAAUGACACAUGUAAAAUGAUUUUGGCUUAAGAUUCAAUAAUCACAAUUUAAAGACCUCUGAGAAUACUUUGAGGUGUAAUAAAAAAAAAAAGAUCGGAGUGGGACUUUAAGGAGUGGGAGCGGAUUUGGCAUGCAUUGCUUAUGCAAAUCACACCUGUUGAUGCAUCACCACUGGGGCCCAUUUAAAUCAGCCCAUAGAAGCCGUGUCCCCCCCACUAGGUUUGCUACAGAAACAGUGCAGAGGAUUCUUCUCUUCCACAUUCUCAGGGCUGUUAGGAUGGGGGGGAUAACUGAAGUGUACAGAGAAGAGGAAACAUAUUUUUAUAGAUUUAAAAACAGGCCUUUCUAUGCCCAGAUUGGAUUACAAUAACAUACAGUAACAUACCGCAUCUGUGUACUUUAAAUGUAGGAAACAAAAAAAAAAAAAUGUAGAAACUGGCUCAUGAUGCUCUUCACUGCAUUGGAGUUUCCUGUGAAACCAACAACAGCUUUCUUGUGUCUGAAGUAUCUGUUUUUUCUCUGUCAACAGAAAGGAGAGGCUAUCCUUGGAAGGAGCUGAAAAAGACAAGGCGAGAGCAGCACAGCACAGCAUCCAUGCUGUGAAAUGACCUCGUAACUGAAGUGCAAAGUGUUGGACAUGAAGUGUCGUUCAACGGGCAUCUCCUUUUUCUAAAAACCAGCAACUACAUCUACAAUUCAGUGGAGGGGCGAGAGUAUCAUCAGACUGAUGAUUAAUGACAGAACUGCUUCACAAAUACUCAAACAACAAGGAUGUUAGUGCAGUGCAUGCCGCUCAACCCUCUAUGUCUGUGUCUGUGCAGCAGGUGUGGACAAUGGUUUCCAUUAUGCUGUCACAAAUAGGAAUGCCUUACAUGGCUUGUUUGUUUCGACCAUGAAAGACUUCAGUUGAGCAUGUUGCUCACACAUGACUCUGUCUGGCAACUGAACUGCUGCCAUCGGACUCCAACAUCUCAAAGCUUUUGGAUAAAUUAUGACCAGAGGAGAAUAAGCAUGUUUUCUCCUCAGGAACAACCAUAAAUCAAACAUACACCCUGUGACUGCUACCAUAUGCUCAACGUAAACUGCAGCUAGGCCAGCAGGCUUUACUUUAAAAGCCCACGGACACAUUAACGUUUUAUUUUGGCUAUCAGGUUUCUUAUGUGCAGAUGGACGUGUUUUGAUUAGUCAAGGACUGAACAUUUAUAUGUUUUGGAGAGUUGUUUGACUGAUAAGUGGCUCUCUGUGAGCUAAGAACUAACUUUGUUGUAUUCCUGCUGUUUGGCUGACUGAAUGUCAAAAUCAAAUUAACAAAUAUUGUGUUACAAUAUAGUCAUUUUAUUUUUGUACAACACCUUUAUUUACAAUAAAGUCAAGUUAUUUGUUUUUAAGAGCAUGAUCAAGUUACGCAGUAAGUUUAUGGUUCAUAUCAUUCAACAUCUGUUCAUUCUUUUAGCAUGUGGCCGUCAGUUGACAGACUUUGAAGUAAGUCCAAAAACUGUUUUCUUUAUUACAUUUCAUACAGACAAAAGGAAGACAUGGAUUCUUGACUUUAUAUUUCUUGAUUGCUUAAUGGACAUCGCUUUUUAUCUAAAUACUUAAAGGGUGGUAAAUAAUCUCCUUUUCAGGUCACACUGCUGUGGUGUAUUAUACAGUCAAACAAGACUUUCCCUUUUAUAUCCGCCUCUUCUAUACUCAACAUCUCUGGAGGAAAUGUACCAAAUGCUUUAUGCUUUGAGUUUCAGAGGCUAUGACAGCCAUAUACCGAGCUACACCAUUAUUUAUUCACAGUCCUGGUUCUGUUAAUGGGAAAUAAAGAUAAUUGGACUUCAGCACGCAACAGUAUUCUGACCAAUACAGUAUCUGACAGAUAUUGAUCUGAUCCAUUAAGUUGAAAUUGGGCACAAGCCUUCUGUAGGAGGGCGAGGUAUUUGCUUCGCUGUUGAAUUCAAUGUCAACGACCUGUCUCACGUGUCAUUCCCCGCCUAAGUGUUAGUUUUGUGAGACAGCCACCAAUAUUUCACUAAUCUAACCCAAGUGUUACGUUGCCUAACUUUUUUUUUUUUUCAUAACCAUAAUCACAACCAUGAUGCCACUGCCUUCACAGACUUCAACGAGGAAAAAUGAAGAUUCUUGACAAAGCUGGCAUCUUGCAGAAAAAUACAGUAUAAUCUAUAGUAUAGCAUAAUUUCUCAAUCUUGACUUGAAGGCUAGAGAGAGAUUUGCUGUGAUGUUUCUCUGAGCAACAAUAAGUCUUAUUGUCAUUUCACUGUUCUGGGACUGAUUCAAGAAUGCUUCAAAUAAAUUCUCAUGUACCCACUUUUACCACAAGUGGUUGUAAGGCAUUAAAGAAAUAGUUUUGUAACAAAGACAAAUAAAUUUACUGAUUAAAACUGU